CAUGACCGCGCGCGGCGGAGAGCUCUCACCUCCGCACUCCUCUCACCCGCCGUCAAACACACACUCUCCUCCAUCUCGCCCACCAUGGCAACUCUCCUGGUACCUCGCAUCACAUGUCUACGAACCCUCACCGCAACCCGAAGAUCCACUCCCGGCCUCCUCUCCGCCGCCUUCACCACCUCCGCGGCCCAGAACCCCAAACACACCCGACCCCAACAACCAUGGACACAACGCACAACAACACGCUUCACAUCUCCCCUCUCACAUAACUCAAAACUGUCCCGCCGAGCCAACUCAACCUCCUCACAACCGCAACAACAACAAGAAGUCCCAGACCACAUCCUAACCUGGAACCGCUUCUUCGACCUCCGCCGAAAGCGACGAUGGAUCAAUCUAGGCUGCAGCGUCCUAACCGCCUUCGGCACCGUAGGCCUCGUCGCACCAAUGCUAGCAGAGCAAGACUUUGAUACCUGGGGAGCACAAAUUUCCGGCUUGGAUCCUAUUAUCGUGCUAGGAAUCAGCACAUUUGCCAUUGCGGCGGGAGGAUGGCUGAUGGGACCGACGGUGGGAAAUUUGGGAUUUGGGAUGUGGGCGAGUAGACGUGGGUGGAAAGCGGGGAUUGCAGAGAAAGAAAAGAGCUUCUACGCUCGUAUCAAGCGCUAUCGCGCCGAUGCCUCCGCGAGCAGUCCUCAGAAUCCUAUUCCAGAUUAUUACGGCGAGAAGAUUGGUAGUGUGCAGGCAUACAGGAGGUGGUUGAAGGAUCAGAAAGCGUUCAAUCUGAAGAAGAACAAGAAUAUGCUGUGAAGGAGGAACACGAUCAUGCUUCUGAACAAUAAUAUAGUUAGAAAAGCACGAACGGAGGGCACGAAAAGGGCUGCAUAUGAUUACAGACGCGGUGUUCAGCGUAUGGCGUUAGGGGCGCAGGAACAGUCCACAGUUGCUAUCAAGAGUCUGCCUGAGUGUAUAGACGUUCCGCGCAGAAUGUGGGAAGCUGGCAGCUCAUACACUCCGCAAGAUGAGCCGGACUCAAAAUGUACUUUUUCUCAUGUAUAACAUCCCGCAUUCCACUCAUGUUCGAGGGAGGCAGACGAAGCGUCCGGUCAUGGCAGUCUCAAAGCACGAGAAGCAUUUGUUCAAUGCCGGUCUUAACACUCUGUCUUUUGGCGAUCACCUGGCUGACCGAAAGCACGGAAGAAGCUUCAAUAUGGUUUCAUCCGAUGCCCUCAUAUAUCGCACGGCACGGUAUCACUCCGUAGGUGUUACCAUCUCUUCACCUGGAAUAAGUGGCCAAUGACCCUUGGUUUAUCGGCGAUCGAUCUUUCUU